AACUGCGCAUUACGUUAUAUACCCUGCUCUAGAGAGACAAGAAUUCAGUCCGAGAGAGGCACUCGUAGAGUAAAGGAGGUAGUUCUCGCGCUUGCCGCUACUGGCGUUCAUGUCAAUGGUUUACAGCGCUGUUUGGUAUCGUGUUUGUCAUUGCGAGUGAUGAUGAUUAUUGUGUAAUUGUUAUUCUUUUGUUUGUUGUUUUGUGUUUAUUCUCGUGUUGUCGCCUCUUCGUUUGUAGGAAGUUUCAAGAUUUAGGAAACUAUUUCUUUAAUAUUUUAGUAAUAACACAUUAUACAGCAUGGACUUUCAAAGCGCCAUGGAAACUUUUGCGGAAGCAUGGGUUGCUGCCAAUACCAAAGGAGGAAGUUUAAGUGAGGUAGGAUGUUCGCAGACUCAAGCUAUGGCACUCACAAACAGGGGCUGCAGGACACCACCUGCUUCUACCCCGCCACUCCCCCAGGCACAUCGGGCCCCAGAACCGCCACCCCCACCCGUCAGGACGCCGCCCUCAGCACCGCCGCAGCAAGAGACGUCUUUACACCCUUCUCCCAAAGAUAGCUACGAACUCUCCAAGUCAAACAGCGGCAAGUCGCUGCCGGUACACUGCGUUGUGGAGGCAGUGUCUGCGUUGGAGGACUCACGGGUCAUGUGGAGACGCAAGCCAGUCGUCGAGACGGACAGUUACGUCAUCAUUCCUGUGAACACAGCGUUCCAGGAACUGGUUCAGGUCGCUCUGCACAGGCUGGGGUACCCCAGGGAGAGCACCUCGGCGGCGAGAGGUUCAGUUGUAAUCAAGAACUGGAAGCCCCUGAGUUUUGAGAAGAUCGCUGAGGGCCCCACAGUUACUGUGGGGGACAUCUUGGGGGAGCUGACCACAGUGGCGACGCUCAGGAUACAGCUAUACAGAGCUCGUCCAAGUAUCCUGUCAGACAUUAAAGACAAACUGCUACGCCUUCUCCUCGCUCAGUCCCACGGCCUCCUGAUGUCUUCAGGCUGUCCACUGGACGAGCUCACACUGUCGCACCUGUGUCGUACUCACUCCGUGCCAGGCACCCACAUACCGGAACCAAGCGAAGAGUGUCGGCGAAAGUUCGAACAGUGGUGGUCUCUGCAACUAAAUCAGCACCAGCAGCACCAACACCACGGCUCUCAGCACCAUCCGAUGCCUCGGCCACAAUCUGGCUCCCAGUACAGUCCUGGGAGCGGUAGUCACCAUACCUCAACCCCUAACAAGUUACUGGACAGACCGCCGUCGUUGCCUGAGAGCGUACAUCCAGCGCUACAGACAGUUCAGAGUCAAUAUCCCACACAGAAGACUCGUAUGAGGACUAGUUUCGACCCAGAAUUGGAACUGCCCAAACUACAAAGGUGGUUCGCUGAGAACCAGCACCCAAGUCGUCAACAGAUCCAGCAGUAUGUGAAGGAACUGAACGGUCUGGAGUCGAGGCGAGGCAGGAAGCCUCUGGACAUCAACAACGUGGUUUACUGGUUCAAGAACGCGAGAGCUGCACAGAAACGCGCCGAGUUGCGGGGCGUAGGCCCAGGCCUGCCUUGUCACAUCUCCCUGAACGGUUAUAACAGCAGUAGCCACAGUCCGCCCCACACGGGAAGUAUGAUGCUGGGGCAAGAGGGACUCUUACCCCAGGGUAUCAAAAGCCCUAGCACGCCACUUCACAGCCCCACACGGGGCCACCUCUUCCUCUCCGACCACCACUCGGAAAACUCAAACGACCCGGCUGUGACCAGCGACCAGGAGGAUGAAGAUGAAAUCAUGCGCAAUGAGCCACGAAUUGAUCUUGUCGAUCACAGAGGCGAUCCACGUGAUGAUCUCAGGGCGGCAGAAGAAGCUGAAGACAGAGGAACAGGAAGUCCCACGGGCCCCCUGUCUCUUACCACGAACGAUAAGGACAACGCCGAGGCGUCACCGAAAUCCAAUAUAUUGUCAGAAAUGGAUGGGAUCAAGCAGGAACCGCCAGACGAAGUUUCAUUAUCAUUGUCUAGUAAAAACAACAACAAUAACAACAAUGACAGUGACAACAAGAAUUGUGAAGAGAUAUCAGACAUGGAUGAAGAUGAAGAAGAUGAAGACCUUGAUGAUUUAGAAGACAGGCGGAACAAAGGGGACUUGGAACAUGACGAUGAAGAGAUAGGUACAAUGCAUCCUGCUAGAAUUGGAGACUUGAAUCGCCAACAGGAGAGGCUGCGUUCUUUUCGUAGCCCCAGCCCUUCAGACAUGGUCGUAGCAGCUCGGGGCCCAUGUGGUGGUGGCCCCCCGAACCUGGAUCGGCUAGCAGCAGCGGCUGCAGGCUUUCCUUUAGUACCCAACUCUAUGUUCUCUCAUAGCAUCAUGUACAUGAGCCACUACAUCCCUGGCUUAGCCCACCAGCACCACGGUCAUCACGGUCUAGGGCCAGCCACACCACCUUCCUCCUCUGGGGGCCUCAACCUGUCGGCCCUAGCAGCCUCAGCAGACGAGAGACGGAAACGCAAUAGAACAUUCAUAGACCCAGUAACGGAAGUGCCAAGACUAGAGCAGUGGUUUUCCCUCAACACACACCCCUCACAUAACCUGAUUCUCAAGUACACAGAGGAGCUGAAUCGAAUGCCCUACCGACAGAAGUUCCCGAGAUUAGAGCCAAAGAAUGUGCAAUUUUGGUUUAAGAAUCGAAGGGCUAAGUGCAAACGACUGAAGAUGUCCCUGUUUGAGACACCUCCAUCAACAACUGCAGUGAAUCACCACCAGUUAACGUAUCAUCAUUCUCCUGGUGGUGAUCCUCUGCAUACAAGAGAUUAAUUGUUCUAAUAAAAAUGUAUGUUAUGAAGACUUUUUAAAGAAGAGAUUUUUACUGUUUUAAUAUGUUAGAUCUUGCAGAGGGUGGCUUUAUUGUAAUGUAUUGAUUUAUUGUUGCGCCAUUGUUAUUUAACCCUAUCCGUGCUUUGCAUCUUUAUAUUUCUUGGAUACCGUUAUCAAUAUCCUCCGAAUUUAUUUUGUUCUAGAGUGUUAGUAGUGAAAGAAGAGUUUUCCUUCACCUGACGACAGUUAAGACUGAUUUUCUGUAGCUUUUACAUAACAUAAAUUACGUUCUCACAAAAGAGUUCCUUUUAUGAAAACAGCAUGGAAAGGGUUAAAUUUUAUCGCAGUUAACUGGAUAUUAUAUUCUACACUUACUUCCAAUUUAUAUAAAACAAAAGCCGUUAACUUCAUGAAAUAUCGAUUUAUCUUUUAUCUGAUAGAAAAUAUUACUUUACUCAGGGACAUCAAAAGUAUGCAAAACAGAGGGGCACAUAUGUAAAAAAUAUUUUGCCCAUUCAAAUAUAUUCCUUUAUUCUUUAAUUCCGUUCAUCCCCCCCCCAGAUUUGACUCUUUUAUUUCCAAGCCUACUGCUGUACACUCUAUGGUAAUUGCCAGAUUGUUUUAUUAAAUUUAAAUCAAGGUUAGUAAAGAGGCAUCUGCCAAUAGUAAAACGGAGAAAGAAUUUAAAGUCAGAUGUAUUGUAUCUGUUAAGGUAUGCCCGAAUUACGUGAAUUUAUGAAGCAGUAUCUAUGUUCAAACCAGGUCAGUUCCCAUCAGAUUGUGACAGGUUUCUUAAAACCUACCAUACAGGUUAAAGGGUAGAAAAUGGUAGUACAAUUUUAACAAGUUACGAACAUACUUCUUAGCUCCUUCUGAUUUACCUAUCUCGAAAACCUCAAGACUUCAAGAAAAAUGGUAGGAAUAUUAAUUUUUUUUAUAAAAUCCAUCACUGUAGACUAAUUUUAAUCAAAAUUGGUAUAUAUAGACAAAUUUUAAUAAAGGAACCCAACAUCAAAUUUUAUGAAAAUCCUUUGAGCGGGUUUCGAAUUGCUAUAUGCGGACGGAGAGGAAUGACGAAUGUAAUAGGCGCAUGUUUGCAAUAGUCUUGUACAACGCCUCAAAAUUCAGUAUCUUGCUUGGUUGUGUUAUCUGUUAGCAAAUAUAUGAAUUCCAUUAGACAGAAACCCAGUCUUUGCUUAGCAUUCAAAUCCUGACAGAACGAUUUAAUUGGUUCACUGACAAGGAAAGAGUUGCAUUACACACUUUCAAAAUCUCUGAUCCCAGUUGAAGUUUAAACAUGGGUUUCUUGCUACCCUUGUGAGCACUUCCUUAUAGGAAGGUAGAAAGAGUUGUUUUGUUCUGGGAAAUGCCUCACUUGUCAAAUUGAAAGUCAAUUUUUUUUUCAGAAUUGUUUAUAUGCGAUGGGGUCGGCCGUGCCAUAGCUCAGGCGGUUAGUCGCCGUUU